UGUUUGUGUGAGCCACACACAGCGGACCCACUGUUCCUUUCAAGCCUGCGGCAGUCUCAGUUGGGACCAAGCUGCUGACACAAACACACUCUUCACCUGGUGGACACAAGCUGUCAGUUUUUGUCCAGUCUCAACCAUGGCCCGCCUGGACCAGGUCAUCACAAACAUUGUGGACAUUUUUAUGGAGUAUGCUGAUGAUGGUGGCAAGAAACGUCAGCUGAACAAGGAGGAGCUCAAAAAGCUCUUCGAACAGGAAAUCCAGAGUCCUGACUUAAAGGAUAAAAUCAGUGCAGGUGACAUUGAGGAAGCAAUGGAGAUGUUGGACAAAAACCACGAUGGAGAGGUGAACUUCCGCGAGUUCUGCCGGUGUGUGAGCGACCUCGCUAAAUGCUACUACCAAAAGAAGACAGGAAGGGGAGGGAAGAGAGGCAAGGGGAAAAGCCAGGAGGGGGAGGAGGGAGAAGGCUGAAGAAACUAAAAAGUCCAACCAAAUAACAGAAAAAUGGUGUGUAGAUUUAAUGCUUUCUUCAAAGGCGGUACUGCUGCCUCUUCAAGCUGCUGAAAAAACCCAAAACUUUCCUUGUAUACUGGUUUCUAAAGUAACGUGCAUAAUGUGUGAAAAUAAAUUAUAGCUAUGAA